AUGUUUCAACGAAGGACAACUCCAACAGAACAAACACAGGCGGCACCUUCUAUUCAUCGAAAGAUUACGUUAUCUAUCGACACGGAUUCAUUCGUAUUGACAGGUGGCAAUGAUAUAGUGGAAAUCGAUUUAGACACCGGAAAUCUAUCCGUCAAAGAUGACUAUAUGCCAACACCUACCACAAGACAUUAUGAAAUUUACGGAAUAAUCGGAUUCAUUAAGCUGCUAAGCAGUCAACCUCUUGGUCAGAUUCAAGGGAAGACUAUUUAUGCCAUUACGAGAAUUGCCGUGGUUCCAUUCGAAUAUGAAGAAGCUUGCCGUGUUUUAGACCGUCGUGUUGUCAGAGAGGUUGAUGAGGAUUUGUCAUCGACAUCCGAUACCUUCUCGAUCCCUAUUCCGUCUCAUGGUCGUGUUACAUCCGAAGACGUUGACCCUGCAACAAUAAUGAUAUCAGAGAGGGAGCUAUCAUCCACUCCGGAAUCAACGACACCACUUAGUCAAUCACUUUCCACAGAAAUUACCGAAACUAAGGUUAUGUCAACGGAUGUUACGUCUUCGAGACCUUCCAGAAUUGAAGCGUUCAGACAGCCUGUGAAUUCAUUGUUUGCGAAAAUGAAAUCGGCUUUCACCAAGAGACCUUCGUCAGCUGCGUCUGACACAUCCGAUGAUGCUGACAAAGAUGGCGAGUUCGAGAGUGUAACAAUAUCGGAAACUGUUGUCUUUCGUCAAGUCACCCCUGAGGGUGAAUAUAAGGAGGACGAGAAUGACAAAAAAGAAUGUAAGGAGGAUGAGAACGAUAAAAAGGGCUUUGGGGCGGCUGCUAAGAGAUUAACAGUAAUGGCUUGGGAUGGGCUAAAAAACGAGGUUGUCGGCGUACGCGACGUGGUCGGUUUGAACAACGUAUCGGAUUUUAAG